AGUGAACGAUCAGAAGUGCAGUACAGUAUGCCACCUCAUUUUGGCAGUUAUAUAAAUCUUCGCAAACAAAUGCCGCCAUCCCCAGCUAAAAAGAGUCCCGUCAAAUACAGCGAUUUAGCACGAACCGAUAUUCAAAAUCCUGCUAAUCGGAAAGAAAUUGUUUUCCAGCGGCCACGCAUUCGUGAAAUUCGAUAUUCUGAAUUAAAUCUGGAGAUAUUCCGUUACUUCCUUGUAUGA